AUGGCGAAAAGCUGUUUCGACCAGAAAACGAUGACGUAUUCCUCACCAAGACAACCUAUCCACCUUCCCGCCGAUCCCAAUCUCUCCCUAACCGCCUUCCUCUUCCAGUCCACCUCCUCUAUCGGCGACAACAUCGCCCUCGCAGACGCUCACACCGGUGACUCCCUAACCUUCCGCCAACUUAAAGCCCAAGUCACCGCCCUCUCCCGCUCCUUACUCCGCCUCGGCAUCCAACGAGGCGACGUCGUUUUGCUAUUCGCUCCUAACUCCAUACGCUUUCCUGUCUGCUUCCUAGCUAUAGCAUCCAUAGGUGCUAUUGCCACCACCUGUAGUCCUUUAUAUACCGUCUCUGAACUCACCAAGCAAAUCCAAGACUCCAAACCCAAAGUCAUCGCUACCGUAUAUGAGCUUCUACACAAAAUCGAACCAUUACCUUUGGAUAUACCUUCAAUAUUGCUUGACGAUGCUUCAACCAAAGUAUUUUCCUCAAAAAUAUUCAGUUCUUUGGUUUGGGACUACAAGGAUCUUACCAAAGAGUCAAACAAGAGCUCCAACGAGAUUCCAGCAAACGGUGUUGUUUCGCAAUCCGACGUGGCGGUGAUCCUAUACUCUUCAGGAACCACCGGAAGAAGUAAGGGAGUGAUGCUAACUCAUCGAAACUUCAUAGCGGCGGCGUUGGCUGGAGUGGCGGAUCAGGAACACUACGGAGAGGGAAAGAACGUGUUCUUAUGUUUGGCGCCAAUGCAUCAUGUGUUGGGAUUAGGAAUGAUAACGUACACGCAGCUGCGGAGAGGGGAUAUGGUUGUAUCGAUGGCUAGAUUUGAACUGGACAAGACUUUGGCAGCUAUCCAGAAGUUUAGGGUGACACACUUGUACGUUGCUCCCCCAGUGAUGAUGGAGCUGAUCAAGCGGCGUGAAGUUGUGAACAGUUAUGACUUGUCGUCGCUGAAACAACUUGCCGGCGGUGCUGCUCCUUUGGGGAAAGAUGUGAUGCAAGAGUGUGCUAAGAUUCUACCCCGAGUUGAAAUCAUUCAGGGGUAUGGCAUGACGGAAGCAUGUGGACUUAUUUCAUAUGAAAAUCCGAACGAAGAAUGGUUCGUUUCUGGUUUAGGAUCAACUGGAACACUAGUUCCAAGUGUAGAAUCCCGAAUUGUUAGUUUGGAAACAUUUAAGCCUCUUCCACCCAACCAAUUAGGGGAAAUUUGGUUUAGAGGACCUAUUAUGAUGAAAGGAUACUUUAACAAUCCAGAAGCAACAAAACAGACCAUUAAUGAUGAGGGUUGGUUGAUUACAGGAGAUCUUGGAUAUUUUGAUGAAAAGGGGCAGCUAUUUGUUGUCGAUCGAAUAAAAGAGCUUAUUAAAUGUAGCGGAUAUCAAGUGGCGCCCGCUGAGCUUGAAGACUUACUGGUUUCUCAUCCUGAAAUUUCUGAUGCUGGGGUGAUUCCAUCACCUGAUGCCAAAGCUGGUGAGGUUCCAGUGGCUUUUGUAGUUCGUUCGCCCAAUAGCUCAAUAACCAAAGAGGACAUUCUGAAGUUUGUAGCAGAACAGGUUGCACCAUACAAAAGAUUGCGGCGAGUAACUUUUAUAGAGAGAAUUCCUAAGUCACCCACCGGAAAGAUCUUAAGAAAGGAUCUUGUCAUUUUGGAUAGACAAAAGAUAUCGAAGUUAUAG